ACCGUUCCCGCGGUAGCAUUCGUUACAUAAUAUGCGGUAGGCGUGCAUGUCUCGCGGUAUUUCAUUGGUAAAAAGUGUGGUAUUUCGAGACGUGCCCGGUUUACGAGGCUCUGUACGUUCCAGGGAUUGCCUCAGCAGUUGGUUCGGUAAGAUGGCCAAAGAUGAUGUAAGCAAAAAACAAACCACCAAGAGAAAAUCAAAGGCUGAAUCAGACAGUGUGCCAGCUUCAAAAAGUAGUAAGAAAUCUGCUAGUGCAGUGGCUACCGUGCCAAGAAGAAAAGAUGGGACUCUUGAAUUCAGUGAUUACCCACGAUUCCGACCAAACCGAACUCCAAAAGAAGUACUCCAGGCUGGAAGUUUUGGUGGAACUUACUUCCGGCCAAUAAAAUCCAGCAUUACAGGCGAGUCAUACAAGGACGUGUGGAAGGAACUGCCAGAGGACUGGCUGGAGGGACUCAGUAUUAAGCGGCAGGUGGCGUCCAGCAUCUACGACGAGAAUGUUAACCGCUACGGCAAGAAGUGCGGCGGAAGCCUGGAGAUGUGGGAGGAGUCGGGCUGGAUCGUGGCCCAGGACCCGUAUGGCUGGUUCCAGUGGUACUGCAGAUUCUACCAGGGCCGGAGGACAGCUGAUGACGAGAGACAGAUCGGCAGGUGGGACCGCUGCACCGGCGAGAAAGGUCGCUGGAAAAACAACCUGAUCACCAAGGUGGUGCGCAGCGGCAGCAAGUUCGACAGCAGGGCCGUCUCGCCGGUGGUGCGGCAGACGCUGCUGCACUGGGGGUACGAGCUGACCGAGGAGGACUUCGCGCGGGGCGCCAAGCGGGUCAAGACGUGACCGCCCGAUGGCUGGGUCCAGUGACCAGCGGCUGCGCCUCCUGCGGCAGCGCUCGAGACGAGCCACACUCAAACGUCCUCAGGAUCAUCGUAGACAUCGCCGUCACAUCGCUGUCCUCUGAUGUAUUGGCACAGACGUGGAAUUGCGUCCAGUUCUGGGAGCUGUGUCUGCCAGUAUUAGACAGUGACGGCCGCCGCUGUCAGGAUCGAUGAAGAUCUGACACUCGUGGUAGCGCUGGUCCUCGCUUCAGGUGCACGCCGUUGUGUUCUCGGCACUGUUUGUGGGUGCCCAUGUCCCCGAUCAUUGUCAUUUGUGUCGGGUUCUCAGCGUGCCGACUGAUGCCCAUUCUUCGCCAGAGUGGUUUGCGAUCGCGUAAACCCUUGGUUACACGGGUCAUUGAUGGUGUUUUAUCAUUGAUGGAUGAUUGCCCAUGCAGCUUGUUGAAUUUCUAAUGCUGUUCAGAUAAUGAUGUGCUCAGCAUUUAGAGGGACCGUGGUGUGGCCGGCAAACUUCACUGAUAUCAGUUCCAUGAUAAUGCCACUUUUUCACCUCACAUUUUGGCAACCUGAUCCAUAGACAAGAAGAAGAACAAGAACUCGCUAGCUGAUGUGAGAACUUUUGUAAUAAAAGUGUACAACUGAG